AUGAAUGACACACCCGGAUGGCGGAAGUUGCGCUCUACUAUGAGUCUUAUAUACACAUAUGUACGUGCUAUCGAAGCUCCAAGUUAUUCGCACGAUACGACAUCUUGUCCGGUUGACAGCCGUUAGAUCGUGAGGAUAAUCGGUUGAGGAGCAGAUGAAUUAGGGACUGGACAGCGGGGAGACACCGAAGAUACAAUCAUGAGUCCAUCAGUGCGUUUGCAGGAAAUGAUUCGGGUCAUCCGCAGUGCCCGGACCCAGGGCGAGGAGCGGGGCAUCAUCCAGCGGGAGUGUGCGGAUAUCCGGGCGCAAUUUCGUCAGGGCGACAACGGGGUGCGCUCGCACAGCCUGGCCAAACUACUCUAUGUGCACAUGCUGGGCUAUCCCGCACACUUUGGCCAGAUGGAGUGCGUCCGUUUAAUUGCCAGCCCCAGAUACAACGAGAAGCGGAUCGGUUACCUGGGAGCCAUGAUGCUUCUGGAUGAGAAACAGGAUGCUAGCCUUCUCAUCACCAACUCGAUCAAAAAUGACCUGUGUCACAGCAGUCAGUAUGUUCAGUCUCUGGCUCUGUGCACUCUGGGAUGUAUGGGUUCAGCUGAGAUGUGUCGCGAUCUGGCACCGGAGAUCGAACGGCUUCUCAGGGCCUCGAAUUCUUACAUCAAGAAAAAGGCCACCCUGUGUGCCGUUCACAUAAUAAGAAAAGUCCCUGAGCUUGGAGAACUGUUCACACCGUCAGCGAGGUCUCUGUUAUCAGAGAAGAACCACGGUGUUUUGCACGGUGCUGUGGUUCUAAUAACUCAACUGUGCGAGAGGAAUCCUGAUACUCUGGGGCAGUUUCGCAAGGCGGUUCCUGAGCUGGUUCAGAUUAUGAGGAGUCUUGUGACGUCCAGCUAUUCUCCGGAGCACAACAUAGCUGGUAUCAGCGACCCGUUUCUUCAGGUGCGUAUUCUUCGGUUGCUGAGGAUUCUGGGUCACAACAACGACUCUGCUAGUGAAGCCAUGAAUGACCUGCUGGCACAGGUGGCCACAAACACCGACAGCAGUAAGACUGCGGGCAGUGCUGUACUGUAUGAAACUGUUCUCACUAUUAUGGACAUCAACUCUGAGAGUGGCUUGAGGGUCCUAGCUGUAAACAUUCUGGGGAGGUUUCUUCUUAACAACGAUAGGAAUAUUCGUUAUAUAUCGAUGACGUCACUUCAGAAGAUAGUACAGACGGACCACAAUGCAGUGCAGCGGCACAGAGGAACCAUUGUGGACUGUCUGAAAGAUCAAGACACUUCUGUGAAACGUCGAGCUUUGGACCUCUCACUUGCUCUCGUGUCUGCUGUGAACAUUCGCUCAAUGAUGAAGGAGCUCCUCAUUUUUCUUUCAACCUGUCCACCUGAGCUUCGGUCUCAGACGGCCUCCGGCAUCUUCAACGCUGCUGAAAGGUACGCACCUUCUAAGCGCUGGCACAUCGACACCAUCAUGCAUGUGCUCACCACGGCAGGGGGCGACGUAAGAGAUGAGACUGUGCCCAACCUUAUCCAACUCAUCACAGCUACUUCAGAGCUCCACUGUUACACCGUCCACAAGCUCUACAGAGCGCUUUUAAAAGAUAUUUCACAACAAUCUUUGGUCCAGGUAGCCUGUUGGUGCAUUGGAGAAUAUGGAGACCUGCUGCUCAAGGGCGAGUGUGAGGAGAUUGAACCAGUGGAGGUUACAGAGGACGACGUCUUGGAUGCCUUGGAAACGGUUCUACACUCUCACAUGUCGUCGCCGGCAACCAGAGGCUUCGCUCUCACUGCUACAAUGAAACUGAGCACUCGCAUCACAGACAAUGUCGAUCGAAUCAGAAGCAUCGUGAGUAUUUACGGGAGCUGUAUCGACCUGGAACUCCAACAAAGGGCAGUGGAGUACAAUGCGCUCUUUAAGAAAUAUGACCACAUGAGAGCUGCGGUGUUGGAGAGAAUGCCAGUCAUGGAUAAAAACUCGCCAGGUCACACCAACGGAGACAUAUCAGGAGAACUUAUCAAAGAGUCGGACACAUCCAAACCCAAACCAGCCGAGACAGGAUUUCCCUCUGAAUCAGCAAGUCAGGUGUGUGAUCUGUUGGAUCUUUUGGGUGGAUCGGACACGCCCAGUCCGGCCCCUGCUAUCACUCCACCAACAACUACCUCUAGUGCCGGAGAUCUUCUGGACCUUCUGGGAGGACUGGAGCCUACGCCAGUGGUUCCCAAUUUGACUGUGUACGAGAAGAACGGAUUGACUCUGAAGCUACAAUGUGACCGACAGACAGAAACAGACGUCACGGUCACUCUCAUUGGCUCUAACUCUUCUCUGAGUGACAUCACCAACUUUACUCUGCAAGCCGCAGUACCUAAGAGUGUUCAACUUCAAAUGAAAGCUCCAAGUGGUAAUGUGAUUCCAGCACAAGGUCUUGGUCAAGUCACACAGACUGUUUUACUCAACAACCCUAACAAGGUGAGCCUGAAGAUGCGAGUCCGAAUGUCUUUUUCUCAUCAGGGCUCGUUGUGUCAGGACACCGUACAGAUUGACUCAUUUCCAAGUGACGUCUUGAACUGUCAGCAAUCAUUCAGCCCCUUGUGAAAAACCUGCAAAGAUCCAGCUCAAUGGAGGCAUGCGUGACGUCUCUCCCACUAGGAGAAAAUCUACACAAUCUGACAACCUCUAUAUUCUGUCUUUCGGCGGUGUGACUGUCAACAUCAUUUCCAAAAAGCUGCUGGGAAAUGUGAACUGAAUAUCGUCCCAGCACAGAUUUUCUACAACAGAUGUUUAUGAAGUGUUAUCUUGGUUUGAACUGUGAGGUCAUUGUAACACAAGGGUAAACGCUCAACUAAUGUUCACUAUCCUUAAAUAUACUCUUAUGUCAAACCUUAAAUGAUCUACCAACACUUGAGUUUCAAAUAAACAGGUCAUCUUGUUUUGGCUGAUAUAACCAGCUUUAUGCCUGUGCAGGCAGAUAUCCUUCAUGUGAACCCUCUUAACUGGUUUAUCCACUCCUGGUAAUGUAUGACAUAAGAUUUGAAGUAAUUUAAGCUCCAGUUGCCUUACAGUUAUAAACACCUUAUCAUUCUUGAGCCUUCCUCUCUCAGGAUAUUUCCUGCAGAUCUGUUGUACAGUUUUACUGGCACAGAAUGUAGACACGAAGUAUAAGUUUCAUAGGAGCAUUAACGUCUUGCAUAUUUUUAACAUCCUUCCCAGUCUUAAAGUCAUUGUGUGUUUGUGUGAACCCAUAAUUAACCAUUGUUUAUUGAUAACUCAUCCAAACCCAAUACAAUAAAACAUACGUAGUAUUAUA